CGUGAGGUUUACAAAAGUGGACUGAAAGUAGGGCAAGUGCGACGUUUUGACCAGUCUAAACUCGCGCAAUGGUGACCAGACUGUUCAAAUAAAAAUAAAAUAAAUACAAGGCGCGCAGUAAGUUGAGAUAGAGCUGGUGCUUUGAUCUCUGUGUUUUUCGCGCAGUCACGAGUUCGCAGUCGACCAAAAUUUUCAGAGCUCAAAAUGUCCGGAAUUGUGAACACAAUAUUGGGGCUGUUUGGUCUGCGCCAAAAUGCGGGAUUGGACGUUGAAGACCCAGCGACAGGACUCACUCCUCGCCAGAAAGGAUUGGUCCGUUCAACGUGGGCGUUGGUGAUGCCCAACAUCAGGACGGUCAGUGUGGACGUGCUUAUAACAUUCUUUGAAACGUUUCCACAGUACUACCCGCUAUUUACAUCGUUCGCCGGUUUAGAGGUUACGGAUCUGAGGAGCAACAAAAAAUUCACUGCACACGCCACUACUGUUUUUCACGCAUUGGCUAGUCUUGUGGACGCUUUGGACGACACUGAAGUUUUGGUUGAACUAUGCGAGAAGGUUGGCAAAGCGCACAUCAGUCGGAAAGUGCCUCCCGGUGCUUUUGAUGAUUUGAAGGUAACGGCUUUAAAAGUGCUGUCCACCAAAUUGGGCAACAAACUUUCGCCAGCGGCAGCGGAAGCGUGGGACAAGACACUCACUGCCGCCUUUUCACUGAUUAAAAAAGAGCUCCCAGCAGAGGAUCAAGAGUAAGGACUCACCAACUUGUUUAAAGCUUUAGAGGGAAGUAAUAUCAAAAAUCAUUGAUAUACGAUAGCUCUUGUGGGGAAAUUAAAAAAAAAUGAUAUACGCAAUUUGUUCAUUUUGUUUUGACAAAUCGUUUUGGCUAUUUUGUUUUUAAACCGCAUGCUUGUAUCAAAUCAAAUCUGAAUAAAUUCUAUAUAAUAGAUUAUAUAUUUUAUUUCUCUCGCGUGAGAUGUACGUUUUAAUAGACUAUUAAUUGACGAAAUGUGACCUAGUUAUUUCAAAAUAUAUAUAAAAACAGUAACAUGUGAGGA